GCAGCGUGGCCAGGACGUCCCUGCCCAGAGUGUCCUACAUCACCGCCAUGGACCUCUUCGUCACCGUCUGCUUCCUGUUCGUCUUCGCGGCUCUGAUGGAGUACGCCGCGUUGAACUACUACUCAAGCGGCGCCCGCGGACCCAGAUGCAGGGAGCCCAAGCGACCCAACUACUCGGCCCUGGACGCGAGGCCGCCGCACGCCGUCAUCGCCCUGAACAACUCGCUGUACUGGCAGGACUUUGAGGACGCGUGCGUGUACGAUUGUCUGGACGGGAAGGACUGCCGGAGCUUCUUCUGCUGCUUCGAGGAGUGCAGAGGAGGAGGCUGGAGGAAAGGACGGGUCCACCUGGACCUGUUGGAUCUGGACGCGUACUCGCGCGUCUUCUUCCCCACCUCCUUCCUGCUGUUCAACAUCGUGUACUGGGUGGGAUACCUCUACCUUUAACCCGCCACGCCGGGACGGUCCGACGGGAGGAAUCGAUUCGGAGAUUAAAAAACGGUAACACCCAAUAAAACUCUGAAGCCGUCACCGCCCGGAUGCGAUGGGGUUUUCUGCCCCGGAGACGCCUUCAAUGUUCCACAAUGCCGAUUCCCUUCGGCGCGCGAAUGGCGGCGUUACGGCAGAGGAGGAGGAGGGAACGGGCUCCGCUACCCCAACGGCGGGGCGCGCCAGCGGACCGUUAUCCAGCAAUCAGUCAAACCCAGUCGAUGAAAAAGCCAAGGACGUUCCAACACUCCCAGUGCCUUCCUCUGGAGGGGUAGAUGCUGUCUGCUGCAACUAUCAGGGAAGAGUCAUUUAUUAAUACAAGGCCUGGCUUUGACUGAUUAUGGCUGCUCUCGUUGGAGCUCUGAGGCUUUAAUUUGUCCCCUUUUCUCGUGUAUUUAACGUGUUCAUUGGCGCAGAUCUAACGGCCCGAGUGUCUCGCCGAUAGUUUCAACAACACCUUUUUUAAAUACCUUUCCUUCACAGGAAGAGUUUUGGGAUGUUUUAAGACAUGUCUUCACACUAAAUAUGUUGCUCUGUGGACUGCUGUCCUCGGGUUGGACAUUAUUCAACGUUAUUAUUAUUAUUAUACGUUAUUGUAUACAUGUCUGUAUUUGUUGUACAAAUAACAGCUCUUUGUUUAAACAUAUGUGGACACAAACCUCGUGUCCGGCUGCACUGUCACCGAUUAGAUGAAGUGAAUAGACGGAUAGAUUCUUCUCACGACGACCUCCGGGUUCCCACAGUCAAUAUAACGGAUAACGUUUGCACAUGACGGCAGGCACACGUAUGUUAUUCGGCAUCACUUAUCUCCCCGUCUGACUCUUGUUUGCAUGCAAUAGACUUUCGACCGCUGAAGAAGUUGUUAAACGAUCCGGGUUACGAUUAUAGUUCGAGUAUGGAUAUCUUCUAAUCAUGUUGUGUUUCAUUUUGGCGUUUAGUGUAGCCGCGCCCACGAGAGCGUCCUUACCUCCGGUAGUGAGACUUCACUCAUUCCGCCUGGCAGUUCACUGAAGUGGGACUUUUUAUGUCCCUUUUUGAACUGUGUUUUUUUCAAUAUAGUUGCUGUAUAUGCGCUGGAUAUUUCACGUAUGUGCCACGUGUCAUCUGUGUUUUCAGGCGAGUUCAAACUGCCCAGUAACGGUGACACGAGUGUGUGUUUUGAUACUGAACCUUAAAUGUGUACUUCACCCACAGGAGGCGCAGAGUAAAGUGUGGAUUAAUGUCCCAUGAUGCUCGCUGCUUUGGUCCCUGUCGAUCAUUCUGUGUGGUAAUAAACGGCUCCGGCGUUGUGUGUGAGGGACCGACUGAC